AUUACUGGUUGCCUGACCUCCCGGUUGCAUUUGUAGUUCACACAUGAAACAUUCGCUACAUGAUUGGAAUUUUGAAAGAGGAAAAUGGCAUCUAGGAGUCUUUACCUGCAAAUUUUAGUGGUAGCUCUAUGUCUCCAUGCAACUGCUUGGUAUCUUUUGACUUCAGCUUUGUCCAGUGGUGUAUGGAAAUGUCUUAUUUUCGGUACCGGUGGCCUCUUAUCCAUGAGCGUCUCAUUGCUCUACUUUUGGGCUCUAAGUCACCGGCCAUCCCCUCACUUAUCAUUCCUGGUCUUCAAUUGUUCUCUCUUUAUUGUGAUAUUACUCAAGCUGACCGGGCCCUCAGUGUUCAAGCACGCCUUGGAGUCAUGGAAGAAACCGCGUAAGUUUCAAGAAGACCUGCUUCAGAAGAUCAUCGGUGAGAACGGCGACACAGAAUAUGGAAAGCAGUUCAACCUUCGUGCCAUCUGUUCCCUUGAAGACUUCCGCAAGGUCCAUCCGUUGACAACCUAUGAACACUAUCGGCCUUACGUUGAAGGGAUGAUGGAUGGACAAAAUAACGUCAUUACCAAGAAAGCACCAACAUCCUACGCGCGGACAACAGGAACAACUGGAAAAUCAAAGCAUAUCCCGUAUGUAAGUAGAAUAGCUGCUUUUAGGACCAUCGGAGCUGUUUCCGAGAGAUCUCUUCAGGAGAAUGUUCCAGCAUUGGGACCUUUCCAGAGACGACUCUUUCUCUACGUUCACCCCCAUGUGAGCAAGGCCAACAGCGGAGCUACGAUAGAAACAAUAGCCUCCCUCAUGGAUAUACCAGAUGUGUUCUACGGGAUGUUCACCACACCAGGACCUGGUCUCAAGCUGCAAACCAUCUACGAGGCAAACUACAUUCACCUGCUUUUUGCUUUGCGGGAAAAGGAUCUUGGCGCGAUUCAGAUGACCUUCCUAACCUUCUUGGAGAACGCAAUCGAGCAAUUAAAGAACAGUUGGAGAGAGCUCCUUCUAGACCUGGAGAAUGGAACUAUCAACCCGGAUCUUAAACUACCCAUCGACAACCGCAAGCGACUACUGAUUGAUUUGGGUAGAGGAGACCCUGGGAGGGCAAAGGAACUGAAAAGGGAAUUUGAGAAAGGAUUCUCUGGUAUUCUUAGGAGGAUCUGGCCUCGUCUCCAGGUCGUAAUUGGAAUUGAUCGGACGAACAUGUGGUCCAAAAUUGAAACAAAGUACGGUCAAGGAGUGACGUUCCUUAGCGGAGGCUACGUCUGUUCCGAGGGAUUCUUUGGUGUGUGUUUAGGACCAUCGAGAAUGAAGGAGAUUGCUUAUCUUCCCCUUCCCACCGACACGGUCGCAGAAUUCAUCAAGGAAGAGGACAUUGGUCAAAGUCAGCCAAAGACUUAUCUGCUUGAUGAAGUCGUGGAAGGAGGAUGCUAUGAGAUUGUACUCACGCAGGCGCAGUCGUGUCUAUACCGUUACCGACUUGGUGACGUCAUCAAAAUUACCGGGUUCUAUGAGAAUUGCCCCUACUUCAAGUUCAUGUACAGAACGGGUCAAAUGUUAAAUCUGAUCUACGAGAAGCUGGAUCAAAAUGUCGUAAUGGAGGCUAUAAAAUCUGCUGUGAAACGGUGGCAAGGCGCGUCCUUUGUUGAAUUCGUUGUAGCUGAAAGUACGCUGGUUCCCGAGGAUUAUACAGACCUACCUGGACAUGAGACUACUCCGUACUAUCUAAUUUUCAUCCAGAUCGAAGGAGAUAAAUUAAGAUCAUCACCCAAUAUCUCUGAUGAUGAAAAGAUCAUGAUCGAUGAAGAGCUUCGACUCCGCAAUGGUGACUUUGACCGCCUUCGCCGGGAAGGACUGAUCUCACAUCCCCGCGUCUAUGCUCUAUUUCCAAGUGCCUUUGACGCCCUUCGGGAGCAUAUCGUGGCCAACAGCAACGCGUCUAUCCUGCAGUACAAAAUACCACAAAAACUCAGGCUAUUCCCGAUGGUCCAAGUGAUGCUGGAUCAUUCCUAUAAAGACUGACUGUCUUCAUCAACAGUGCAAGGAUCCGUUUUUUAAACAGUUUUGCUAUCAUGGUAAACUGCCAUGGAAACAAUCAUUGUGUGAUUGGUUGUUGAGUCCUAUCACCAUCGACAGUUGCCAUAAUCAGAAGUUUGUCAUAGUUUAUUAAAUGGGCUUCAGGUCCACUAGACAUGCUAUAAAAGAACAAAGAAAUGCAUUCACCUUUUUAGAUGCCUUUAAAAUCCUUCAGAAACUCGUAAUUUUCUAGGAGGUUCAUUUUAUGCUGAAAGACAGCUAUAGGGUCUACAAAAGGGACAAAUCGAAAUAAAACAGAUCUGAAAAUUAAAGCAGUAAAAAAAAGAGUCAGCAAAAACUCAGACUCUUAUAAUUAAAUAGGGAUAUGGCUCAAGUUGUGUGGCACAUUUCGAAUAUAAUUCAGA